AUGGAUGAAAAAGUGAUAAGAAGCGGAGAUCAUCGCACUGUAGAUGAUGGAAGCACGGACGGCGCCGGCAUGAUUCCCUCCACCCAGGAGCAGCUAGACGCCAUUGCCGAGGCUUGUCUUAAAACGCCCACUACUAUCAAAAGAGAAGGAUACGAGCUGCUCCCUGAAGAUAUAGAGAGAACAAAGGAUGGGUUUAUGCUCAACGACAAGAUAAUCAACGUAUAUUUCGAACUUCUUGCCAAGCAUUCAAACGCCAGCGUGUAUGUCUUCUCUACAUUCUUCUAUGCAGCCCUGAGCAGAAGAGGCAUUCCUUGGGUGCAGAGAUGGACCUCACGGAUAAACAUAUUUGAGAGCAGGUUGGUGUACAUACCUGUGCACGUUCCAGGCCACUGGAUACUUAUAGUUUUUGACGUCAGAAGGAGAGUGCUUGAGCACUACGACUCCAUGGGGAGUGUGUACACCGAGGUAGUUCUUAGGAUACUCAGAUACAUAAAAGACGAAUGGAGCAGAAUAUACAGGAAAGAACCUUUCUUGUCUGUCGACAUCAAGAAAAAAAUACCUUUACAGAGAAACGGAAGGGAUUGUGGGGUGUUUGUAUGCAUGUUUGGAAGAUACAGACUUUGCGGGAGUCGUGAGUGGCUUUCCUCUGACGGGAUCCCGAGAUUCAGGAAAUUGAUGCUGCACGAAAUAGUGUCUGGGCAGAUUCUAUACGAGGUGUUCCACCAGUUUUCACAGGUGGAGUCUAAUCCAAAGGAAGGCAGAAGUGUUGGGAUUACAGACAAGAAACCCCUAGCCCUUGGAACUCAUGAAGAAGUCACCAAAGAAGAAGGAAGCUGA